GUUAGCGAGGUUAGAAUACUUUUGUAAUUUGUGAUUUCUGUGAUUAAAUCAAAAUUUUGAAAUAAUGAAGUUGAGUGUAGAUGGUUUGAUUGUUUACUUUCCUUAUGACUACAUAUAUCCAGAGCAAUAUGCAUAUAUGUGUGAACUCAAAAAAGCAAUUGAUGCUAAGGGCCAUUGCCUAUUGGAAAUGCCCUCAGGAACUGGAAAAACUACUACUUUAUUAUCACUUGUUGUGGCAUAUAUGAUAGACAAACCUAUGGAUGUUAGAAAAUUAAUUUACUGUUCACGAACAGUACCAGAAAUAGAAAAAGUAAUGGAAGAAUUAAAAAAGCUUUUGGACUACUAUGAACAAAUGGAUGGUGAAUAUCCUAGACUGACAGGAUUAGUUUUAUCUUCUAGAAAAAACAUGUGCAUUCAUCCAGAGGUUAGUAAAGAAAAAGAAGGGAAAAUUAUUGAUGGAAGAUGUCAUGCGUUAACUGCCAGUCAUGUUAGAGAAAGGUACAAAUUUGAUGAUACUAUUCCAAUAUGUCAAUAUUUUGAAGGAUUCGCCCUAGAUGGAAAAGAUAGUACAUUACCACAUGGAGUAUAUACUCUCGAUGACAUGAAACAGUAUGGAAGGGACAGAAAUUGGUGUCCAUAUUUUUUGGCAAGGUUUUCAAUUAUUCAUGCCCAAAUUAUCGUAUACAGUUACCAUUAUCUCUUAGACCCUAAAAUAGCUGAUGUAGUAUCUAAAGAAUUAACAAAAGAAGCUGUUGUUAUUUUUGAUGAAGCUCACAAUAUAGACAAUGUAUGUAUAGAUUCAAUGAGUGUAAAAAUAAAUAGAAAAGUAAUAGAGAAAUCAACUGCAAAUUUACAAGUUCUGGAAAAAACAGUUGCAGAAAUAAAACAAGAUGAUCAAAAAAAAUUACAAGAAGAAUAUCAGAGAAUGGUGGAAGGUUUGAGAGAUGCAGCUGUAUCGAGAGAAACAGAUGUGCUUCUUUCCAAUCCAGUUCUUCCAGAUGAAAUUUUACAAGAGGCUGUGCCUGGUAAUAUUAGGAAUGCUGAACAUUUUGUCAGUUUCUUGAAACGAUUUGUGGAAUACUUGAAAACAAGAUUAAGAGUUCAGCAUGUAGUACAAGAAUCACCAGCAGGAUUCUUGAGAGAUAUUCAGAGUAAAGUAUGCAUUGAAAGAAAACCUUUGAGGUUUUGUGCAGAAAGACUAACAUCUUUGUUAAAAACUUUAGAAAUAUCGAAUUUAACUGAUUUCAGUCCUAUUAUUUUAAUAACACAUUUAGCAACAUUAGUUUCCACUUAUACAACAGGAUUUACAAUAAUCGUUGAACCUUUUGACGACAAGACACCAACAGUAUCAAAUCCAGUUUUACAUUUCAGUUGUUUGGAUUCAUCGAUAGCUAUCAAGCCUGUGUUCGAUAGAUUUCAAACUGUAGUUAUAACCUCAGGAACUUUGUCUCCUUUAGACAUGUAUCCUAAAAUACUGAAUUUCCAUCCAGUCAUAAUGUCAUCUUUUACUAUGACUUUAGCUCGACCUUGUUUAUUACCUAUGAUAAUAUCAAAAGGAAACGAUCAAGUUGCCAUAUCUUCAAAGUUUGAGUCGAGAGAGGACAAUGCAGUCAUUCGAAACUAUGGUCAAUUAUUAGUGGAGAUGGCAGCUAAUGUCCCCGAUGGAAUAGUUUGUUUUUUCACAUCUUAUAUGUAUCUGGAAUAUGUUGUUGCUAGUUGGUAUGACCAAGGUGUUAUUGACAGUUUACAGAGGUAUAAAUUACUUUUUAUUGAAACACAAGAUUCGGCGGAAACAAGCUUUGCCCUCAUGUAUUAUAUUAAGGCUUGUGAAUCUGGAAGAGGAGCAGUAUUACUUUCAGUAGCGAGAGGUAAAGUUUCUGAAGGGGUCGAUUUCGAUCAUCAUUUAGGUAGAUGUGUUCUUAUGUUUGGAAUCCCUUAUGUCUACACCCAGUCUAGGAUUUUAAAAGCCAGACUGGACUAUUUGAGAGAUCAAUUCCAGAUUAGGGAGAAUGAUUUCUUGACCUUUGAUGCCAUGAGACAUGCUGCUCAAUGUGUGGGGCGAGCAAUUCGUGGUAAAACAGAUUACGGUAUUAUGGUAUUUGCAGACAAAAGAUUUUCUAGAGCCGAUAAACGAACAAAGUUACCGAAAUGGAUUCAAGAACAUUUGAAAGAUUCACUUUGUAACUUAUCUACCGAAGAAGGUGUACAGCUUGCCAAAAGGUGGUUGAGGCAAAUGGCACAGCCAUUCACUAGAGAAGAUCAGUUGGGAGUAUCCUUACUCACCUUAGAACAGCUUCAGACUUUAGAAGCAAAGAAACAACAAGAAAUGGAACAAGAUGAAGGAACUUCUUCUCAAGAUCAAUAGUAUGUUAUGAGUUUUUUUUCUCAUUUCGAUAUUUAUUACAUUUGUAAUAUGAAUUUUCAAUAAAAUCAGAUAAAUGUUGAA